AUGGCCGCCAUGCGCGUCCGCUCCGUCACCGCACCCGACAUCGGCGUCGACCCUCACCCGCUCGCCCCGCCGCCCGCGCCCUCGCCCUUCUCGUCCCACUCGUUCCCCUUCCUCGCCAACGACCUCGCGCUCAACCCCGCCGCCAGCCCAGCGCCGUACACCUUUGGCACGCCCCAUUUUGACCGCUCGCACGUCGGCACGAGAAGGGGCCCACCCGGCCACGGCCACGGCCACCACAAGGUGUCGAAGAAGCGCAACGAGGAGAGCCGCCAGCGCCACAGGCUCGCAAAGCUCCUCGUCCACGACGCCGCCAAGAACUCGCGCAAGUCGGGCCACCUGAGCUGCGAGGGUUGUCGCUUGCGCAAGCUGAGGUGCUCGAGGCAGCGCAACUGCAUCGCGUGCGUCGAGCGCGGCGAGCCGUGCGUCUGGAAGGGCGGCCGGCCUGCAUCCGGGCUCACGCCGCAGGACAUCCGCGACGGCAUCACCGUGGCCAGGCGCGAGCUCGCGCGCCUCUCGCGCCUCGCGCGCCUCCUCGCCGCGCGCUACAUCAAGCGCGAGGCCGCCCUCGCGCACGCCGAGGACCGUGAGCCGCGCCGCCCGCCGUCGAUCGACGACGUCAUCGAGGCCGAGCGCGUCGACGAGGCGUCGCACGAGGGCAGGGCGCUCGAGGAGGCCGAGGCGCUCUUGUCGCUCGGGACGCCGACUGUCGGCAGGUCGGGCGACGAGGACGGGCGCGACGGGUUCGGCGAGGGCGGGUACGGCGGCGGCAUGGACGACAUCCUCGUCGACGACCUGUUUGUCGACGACGUGCGGCCCUCGGCGUCCUCGUCAUCGUCGUCGUCGAGCCGGCCCAACGACUUUCGGCACCGCGGCCGCACCUCGUCGUCCAAGCGCCCCGCGUCGCACCGCUCGUCGGCGAUGUCGCACACGCACGGCGCGACGUUCGCCCCGCGCCUGCGCGUCACGAUCCCGCACGCGUCGUCGUCGGGGCGCACGGGCCCGGGCCCGCUCUCGUCGGGCGCCCGCAGCCUGCUGCAGCAGACGCCGCACGCGCCGAGCCCGCUGCGGUACCCGCCCAUCGUCGCCCAGUCGUCGGCCUCGCCCCCUCCUGCGCCGGCGCCGGCACCUGCAGGGGCCGCACCGCCGACCCGCUCGCCCGCGCUCGCCGCCGCCGACACCGGUGUCGCGCCCUCGACAGCCCUGCCCUCGCACCCGUCCUUCCCGCUUGCCCCCCUACCCUCGACCGCCAGCACGCCGCCCGAGCUCGGCCCGACCUACUUCUACCCGGCCCUCCCGCCGCCGCUCAUGUCGCCCACGACGGCCUCCCACCUCGCCGCGACGCGCGCUGCGGCCCUCGCCAUGCGGGUCGACCCCAAGGUGCUCGAGGCGCGCAAGAGCGCGCACGAGAAGCGGUGGGAGGGGGCGGUGAGGAGGUUGGAGGAGCGCAGGAGGCGCGAGGUGAGGGGCGAGAAGGCGGACGAGGAGGAGGGGAGGGGGAGGGAGAAGGUCGAGAGGGUGACGAGGGAGUGGCGAGUGGGGCAGGGCGGCGGGAAGGGGGACCAGAAGGCGGCGAUGGACGUCGGCGACGCGCCGAGCGCGGGCACGACCACCUCGUCCAGCCUCGGCGCCGACAAGGACCCGUCCUCUGCGCCCGCGCCUCAGCGCUCGCCCGGCACCCUCAGCCUCGCCGCCAAAGACCUCGUCACGUCGGCCAUCAACCGACAGCAAGCCCUGCGCGGCCCCCUCUCGAGCUCGACCUCGCCCUCGGACCCCUCCUCGUCCUUCCCCGCCCUCUCGCACCGCCCGAUCCUCUCCCUCGACGCCCAGGGCGCCUUUUCCGCCUCGGCGCUGCACCACCACUCGCUCUUGCGCACGCCGAGCGCGCACCUCGUCCACGACCACCACCGCCCGCACACGCCCUCGCGCCUCUCGCCCUCGUCCCUCCACUCGGCCUCGGCGACGACCCCGACGCUCCUCGGCGGCGCGCGCAUCACGCUCUCGCCCCUGCGCAGCGCGGCACCGCACCUGAGCGCCGUCGAGGAGGGCCUGCGCCCGAUCAACUCGCUCCUCGGCGCGCUCGCGGCCGGCGCGGUCGGCGUCGACGAGCGGUUCGAGCCGCGCACGGAGCGCGCGAGGGACUUGCUCCUCGGCGCGCUUGACGAUGAGGGCGAAGGCGCGAGGGACGAGUGGGACAGGUUCGAGCCGCAGCUCGAGGAGCGGGUCGAGCAGUCGGCGAUGGAGGUGGACUCGCCGGCGCGCGACGGCGACGAGCUCGAUGUGGGCGCCGGGUCGGGGUCGGACGCGGAUACGGAGACGGACGGCAGGAGCUCGGUCGGGAGGGUGAGCAGGCGUAGCGCGAGGAGUGCGGCGGACCUCGAGGAGGAGGACGAGGACGAGGAGGACGAGUCGCAGUCGGGCGAGUCGGACGGUGGGAGCGAGUAGAGCAGUCUGUAUCGACGAGUGCGUCCUAUCGUGU